AUGGAAAAGAAGUUUGCAUAUGAUGAAGCAACAGUUUUUGAAGACACUUUCAUGACAUGGGCUUACCAGCCAAUUAAGUUUUGGAGCAAAAACCCCCCAAGUCCUUCAAACGUUAUAAAAAUACCUUCGAGGCUUAAAUUUGAGACCUCAAUAGAAAAAUUAGAAUCUGAAUGGGGAAAAGAAAUAAAAUUAAAGCAUCCUUCCUUUUAUAAAGCUUUAUGAAGAGCUGUAGGAUGAGACUACUUAAGAUAUUGCCUUGUAGGUAUUGUUGGGUUUAACCUAGGACUUGUUCAGGCAGUUAUCCUAAUAUGCUUGGUAGACUAUAUCAAUGACGAUGGUGCCAGUGUAUGAGAUGGGCUUAUUUUUGCCUCCUUAUUUGCAAUCACAACUUUUUUUUCCUUCUACAUUUUUCACUGGGCUCAUUUCAAAGUCCGCCUGCUUAUUUCUCGAGUCAAAGCUAUUGUCCCAUAUAUAAUUUACAAAAAAGUCUUAAAGACCUCUUUUUCAGAAAUUUCUCAAGGAGACUAUAAAGGCACUGUUCCAAGUUUGAUAGCUGCUGAGCUGGAAUUUUUGCAUGGGCUUGUGCCAACUAUGAUGAUAUUAGCAGCGCCUGUAUUUUUUAUUGGAUCUUUUUUAAUUAUUUGGUUUCUGAUAGGAUGGACCGGUAUUUUAGGCUUGGUAAUAGCGAUUAUACACUCUCCGAUUCUUUUAUUAAAUUCAAGAAGGACUGAAAAAUAUCGAGGUCGAGUUGCGGCACAUACUGAUAGGAGGCUAAAAAUGAUUGCAAAUUUGAUUGAAGGGAUAAGGGCUGUCAAACUAUAUGGGAUGGAAGAUCAAUACUUGAAGAUUAUAUAUGAUGAAAGAAGAGGGGAAACUCAAGAGAAGUUCAAUAUGUAUGGUGUCUAUGCAACGAUUGUUACAAUUGCAGCUACUGGGAUUGCUUUAACACUUUUAGUGACUUUUUCGUCAUAUGUAUACACUGGAAAUAAACUUGAGACUGAAAAACUUUUUUGUGUUGUCACGAUUUUACUUUUAAAUUGCUUUUUAUCAUGUAUGCAUUAAAAUUAAAGGUGAGGCAACUUCCUUCUGCAGCUGGGAAACCUACACCCAUGGAAAACAGGGGAGUGUUCGGAGAUGUGCAUCAGGGGAGAUUUGCUGGGUUUGCUUGAGUGGAAUCUUGGAUUUAGCCCAUGCUCACUUCCAGUUCAGGAUUUUCAUUAAAAAAGGUGAACUGCCAGAGCUAGAAUAGCGAGGGCCCAGCAAAACCAUGAAGGGUAACACUCUGCCUGUCAGGAAUUUCUCUAGCGCGAUUCCAGGCACUGAUUCCUGGUUUGAUUUUCAUCUGGUAGGCAACUUGAUCAGAAAAUUCGGAUUUUCUGGAUGAGCAACCCUUGUUUGAAGGGCAGGCACUAUAGUCCACUACACUCCAAUAGUAUGCAAGCCCAUUUCUGGAGAGAGCGAGUUAAAAGCAGACAGCAUAAGUAAGAGUAGAGAAGAACAGCAACUAGGUAUCAGAGGAGUUCCUCAAUUAUCUUAGCAAAGAGCUAAGAAGCAUUUUAUCAUGCAAAAUGAGUGAUUUGUCGUUUUUUACAUUAAUUAUGAUAAAAUCCACCAUGGAAAGAAUCACCAAAAUUAUGCUCUUAAGUGAAAAAAUGUAUUAUGAUAAUUCUGAUGAUAGUAAAGACUUGGCGAUCUCAGCAGAAAAUGCAACAUUUUCCUAUUCAAAUAAAUCUCCAAAAAAUGAGGAAUCAGAAAAUUCAUCUAAAAGUUUGCUAAAAGACGAAAAAACUGAUGAUAUUGCUAUAAGCAGCCUGAAUUUUUCAUUAAAACAAGGAGAGUUUAUGAUCGUUAUAGGGCCUAUAGGAAGCGGAAAAAGUAGCCUUUUGCUGGGACUAUUACACGAAAUCUAUCCUUUGAACGGGAUUGUCAACUACAAAGGAAAUUUUUCUUAUACAGGUCAAAAUCCUUGAAUCAUAUCAGGCUCAAUAAAGCAAAAUAUUUUGAUGGACAACGAAUAUAAAGAAGAAGUUUACAAUGAAGCUGUAAAAGCUUGUGGACUUGACAUGGAUUUAUCACAGCUGCCAUCAGGCGAUGAAACCCUUAUAGGUGAUAAUGGAGCUACUCUAAGUGGAGGCCAAAAAGCAAGAAUUAGCUUGGCAAGAGCUGUAUAUGCUAAUAAAGACAUUAUUUUGCUUGAUGAUCCUCUAAGUGCUGUAGAUACACAAGUUGGCUCUCAUAUAUUCAAUCAAUGCAUUAAAACCUUUUUAAAAGGAAAAACCGUCAUAUUGGUAACUCACCAAGUUCACACAAUUUCUCAAGCUGAUAAAAUUCUAGUCCUAAACCAAGGGAAACAAUUGUUUUUCGGGGCAUGUGAAGAGCUCAACAGUAGAGAAGAUUUGCAUUUUAUUAUAGAUGAGCUUAAACAGAAAGAUGAAAAAGAACAAGACUCGAGAAAAAUGGGGGUAGAUGAGAUAAAAAGCACAGAAAAAGGAGAAAAAGCAAUAGUGCUGCAAGGAGAUGAAAAAGCGCUAGAAGAUGUCACGUUUGCGACUUAUUAUAAGUUUUUGAAAUUUGGAUUUACAUCGAUGUGGAGCUUUGGGCUGCUAGCGGCUAUUGUGGUUCUUACACAAGCUGUUUGCUCAGCUCCAGUGCUAUGGCUUGUGAUAUGGACUAAAGAGUCAGACGAUGAUCAAGAUGAAAUGAUAAAUUUGUGGAUUUUUUGUGCUAUUGUUUUUACGGUAUAUGCAAAUGCAUUGAAUUUAGUUCAAGCUAUUAUUUAGAAACAAAUUGACAUUAGAUGAUUUUAAGGAAAUUUAUAUAUAGACAGGUUUUUUUAAUAAUAAGAGUAUAUAUCUUUUUAUAUAUAUCAGAUAUUGGGUAUUAGUUUAUGGGAUUACGAAAGGAGGAGAGAAACUUCACAAUAAAGCUCUAGAAGGAAUUGCCAAGACUGAAUCAGUCUAUUUCGAUAAAAAUCCGUCGGGAAGAAUGCUAAAUCGCUUUUCUAAAGAUACAUUUCUGAUGGACGAAUGUUUUUCUUUUUUCUUCCCAACAUUCUUAUUCGACUCAAUUGAUUUUAUAUCUGUUUUAGUCAUAAUAAGUAUCUUUAUACUUCCAGAUAUAGGGCUCGUUUUAUUGUAUAUAUGAUACGUAAUAUGACUUUCUAAAAAGCUUGUUCCUAUUACUAAAGCACUUAUUCUUCCUUAAAAAACAAAAAAUAAAUAUUUUUUUAAUUUUCGAAAAAAUCUUGUAAAGAUUAUUUUUUAUCAGAGAAAUUUAGAGAAAUUGAGCUAGCUUCAAAAAGCCCUAUUCUAACGAUGGCAUAUGCUACCUUAUAUGGAAUUGUAACAAUAAGGUCCCUAAGUCUUCAAAAGAAAUUUACUUCUGAUAUGAAAGCUGCUAUUGAAUACAAUCUUAGAUGUAAUAUCAGCGUCGAGCUUAUAGUAAGGUUCUAUACAAUACACGUGGCUCUUGGUGCUGCUCUCAUCUGCGUCCUUAAUGGAUUUGUUAUAGUCCUAUACAAAGAUUAUGUUGACGAAAGCUUAGCUGCAAUGUGCAUUUGCUUACUAAUUGCCUGGGUCAUCUAUUGUUUUUGGUCAGAAUGCCUUAUCGAAUCAAACAAUUUGAUGGCUUCUCCUCAAAGACUUAUGGAGUAUGCAGAGCUACCUCCUGAAGGGGAGUUUGAAAAUGAUGUGCCUUUUACAAUAAGUAAAGGAAAAAUCGAAAUAAAAGAUUUAUCUAUGAAAUACCAAGAAAAUUUGCCCUAUUCCUUGCACGAUUUGAAUAUUUUAAUAAAUCCGGGCCAAAAAGUUGGAAUUAUUGGGAGGACAGGCUCAGGAAAAACUUCAAUCAUGCAAGUUCUUUUUAGGCUUGUAAACCCAUCUGUUGGCACCAUUUUUAUUGAUGAUCAAGACUACCGAAACGUCAGUCUCCACAAUUUACGCCGCAAAAUGUCUGUGAUCCCUCAAUUUCCUGUCAUUUUUAUAUCAAGCUUUCGAGACAACAUCGACCCCUUCCAUGAGCACUCAGACCAAGAAGUUUUAAAAGCCUGUAAAAGGGCACAUUUGUCUAAGCUUAUAGCUUCUUUGCCUAAUGGUCUCAAUACUAUUUUUACAGGUGAUAACGUAAGUCUCUCUGAAGGAGAAAAACAAUUAGUAUGUCUUGCAAGGGUUUUUAUUAGAAAUAAUAAAAUUGUGGUGAUGGAUGAAGCUACCUCAAACGUUGACCAUAAAACUGAUAAAAUUAUCCAUAAUAAAAUAAACAACAAGUUUAAAGACUGCACUUUGCUCAUUAUUGCACACAGACUUACUGCCCCCACUCCGUGAGCGAACAAAAUUUUUUUGUUCACUAGGGUUUAUUUGUUUUAAUAAAUUUAUAUAUGAAUUUUAUAUAAUAAUUUUUUUUUUUUCAAAAUUUAAAAAAAUUCUAAAUUGGAAAAUUGGAAAGCAAAUAUUAAUUCAAUUUGUAAGAUUUAUGUUUAAAAUGCAAACUGUUUAAAAUUAAUCAGAAUUAACUAUUAAAAAUAUUUUUGCAGUUUGCAGUUUUUGGUCGAAAAAUAGGGAUUUUCCAAUGUUUUGUUCGCUCACCGAAGGGGGAGUUAGGACAAUUGUUGAUAGCGAUAUGAUUAUUGUAAUGGAAGAAGGGACUUGCAAAGAGAUUGGCUCCCCCAAAGAGCUGGCAGAAAAAGAAGAUUCAUUAUUUAGGAAUUUUAUUAUGCAUACAGGGCGAGAAGAAUCACAAUACUUGUUUAGAAAAUUAAAUGUUUAA